GCCAAGUCAGUUUUAUAUUUUUCGGAAAAUAUGGUGCACUGAAUUAGUGAGGUUAUAUAGUAACGUGUCAGAUUUUACUUUGAAUUAUAAAUUAAACACCUGAAUUUAAUUACUGGAAAAAUGGCAAAUGUUGAACGGAAAGGCACGUUCAAAGUUGAAUACUUGCAAAAAAUCGAGUCGCAAGUGCGUGAACGGUGGGAAAAAGAGAAAAUCUUUGAGGUAGACGCUCCGGCAGCACAAAAAAAAUCAAAUGAUGAAAAAUUUAUAUGCACCUUCCCCUAUCCAUACAUGAACGGCCGUUUGCAUUUGGGCCAUACGUUUUCAUUGUCGAAAUGCGAAUUUGCCGUGCGGUACAACAGAUUGAAGGGAAAAAACGUUCUCUUCCCCUUUGGUUUUCACUGCACUGGUAUGCCCAUUAAGGCCUGUGCUGACAAACUGAAGAGGGAAAUGGAAGAUUUUGGUAAUCCACCUCAAUUUCCCAGUGAAGAUAAUGUGUCUGUUAAGGAGGAAAAAGAUGACAUCAUCCCUAAGGACAAGAGCAAAGGCAAAAAAAGUAAGGCGGUGGCAAAAGCUGGUACCGCAAAAUAUCAAUGGCAAAUAAUGCAAAGUUUGGGGAUACAAGACGAAGAAAUCGCCAAAUUUGCUGACGCGAACUAUUGGCUAGAUUAUUUCCCUCCUUUGGCUGUUGAAGAUUUAAAACGAUUCGGUAUUCACGUUGAUUGGAGGAGAACGUUUAUAACAACGGACGCGAAUCCGUUCUACGAUUCAUUCAUCAGGUGGCAGUUCAUAAGGUUGAAGGAAAGAAAUAAGAUCAAGUUCGGAAAACGACAUACCAUUUAUUCACCUAAGGAUGGCCAACCGUGCAUGGAUCACGAUCGAUCAUCUGGCGAAGGAGUCGGACCUCAACAAUACACCAUUGUCAAAAUGAAACUGUUGGAACCAUACCCCAAAACUUUAAGCGUUGUUAAAAAUAAGCCGGUGUAUCUAGUUGCGGCAACUUUGAGACCGGAAACGUUGUAUGGUCAAACCAACUGUUGGGUCAGACCUGACAUUAAAUACGUCGCCACCGAAACAAAAUCCGGGGACAUUUAUAUUAGCACCAGGAGAUCGGCCCGGAAUAUGUCUUAUCAAGGAUUUUCUAAGGUGGAGGGAAAAAUGGACGUGAUUGCCGAAAUUCUCGGCGAGGAAUUGUUAGGUUGUUCAAUUUCUUCUCCAAAUUGUACGUUCGAAAAAAUCUACUGUCUUCCAAUGCUUAGCAUAAAAGAAGACAAGGGAACAGGCGUGGUUAUCAGCGUUCCCUCCGACUCUCCCGAUGAUUAUGCAGCUCUCGUCGACUUGAAGAAGAAACAACCUUUCAGAGAAAAGUACGGGAUCAAAGACGAAAUGGUACUGCCGUUCGAUCCCAUACCGAUCAUUAACAUCGCUGACUUUGGUGAUUUGGCCGCCGUCACUGUGUACGAACAGCUCAAUAUCCAAAGCCAAAACGACAAGGACAAACUGUUACAGGCAAAAGAGAUGGUUUACUUGAAAGGAUUUUAUGAUGGGGUCUUGUUGGUUGGUGAGCAUAAGGGCAAAAAGAUACAAGACGUUAAGAAAGACAUCACCCAAAAACUGAUUGAUAAUAAUCAAGCUCUAGAAUAUCAAGAACCGGAAAAAACAAUUAUAUCACGUUCCGGUGAUGAAUGUGUGGUGGCCCUUUGUGACCAAUGGUACUUGGAUUACGGCGAGGAAAACUGGAAGAAACAAGCGGAAAAGUCUUUGGAACACAUGAACGUAUACCACGACGAAGUCAGGAAGAAUUUCGUCAGUUGUCUCAACUGGUUGCACGAGUACGCGUGUUCCAGAACUUACGGUUUGGGUAGCAAGUUACCGUGGGACCCGCAAUGGCUUAUCGAAUCUCUCUCCGAUUCGACGAUCUACAACGCCUAUUACACCGUGGCGCACUUGUUGCAAGGCAACACGUUCCGUGGCGACAAACCGAACGCCCUGGGCAUCAAGGCGGAACAACUGACGCCCGAAGUUUGGGACUACAUAUUCUUCAAGGAAGCCAAGUAUCCGAAAACCGACAUACCCAAAGCGAAACUCGAUAAACUCAAGCACGAGUUCGAGUAUUGGUAUCCGAUUGAUCUGCGCGUCUCCGGCAAGGACCUGAUACAAAACCACUUGACCUAUUACAUCUACAAUCACUGCGCCAUUUGGCCCAACGACGAAACUAAGUGGCCGAAAGGUAUCAGAGCUAACGGCCAUCUCAUGUUGAACUCCAUGAAGAUGUCGAAGUCCGACGGCAAUUUCUUGACCCUCACCGACGCCAUUGAGAAAUUCAGCGCGGACGUGACGAGACUGUGUCUUGCGGACGCCGGUGAUUCGGUCGAAGACGCCAACUUUGCCGAAACAAUGGCGGAGGCGAGCAUCUUAAGGCUGUACACUUUCAUCGAAUGGGUUAAGGAAGCGAUCGCCAGCAAGGACACGUACAGAACUGGUCCCUUUAACGAUUUUAACGACCAAGUGUUCUCUAGCGAAAUUAAUUUGAAGAUCAAAGAAACUGAUGAGUUCUACAAGAAGUUGUUGUUCAAGGAGGCGCUUCGUACUGGGUUCUUUGAAUUCCAGGCUGCCAGAGAUAAAUAUAGGGAAUUGUCGUUGGAUGGAAUGCACGUGGAUUUAGUUAUGAAAUUCAUCGAAGUCCAAGCUUUAAUUAUGUCGCCGAUUUGUCCCCACGUUGCUGAACACGUCUGGGAGUUGUUAGGGAAGAAAACGAGUAUUUUGAAAGCCGAAUGGCCCAAAGUGGGCGUCAUAGACGAAACACAAAUACAUGCUUCCGAAUACUUGAUGGAAACGGCGCAUUCAUUUAGAAUCCAUCUGAAGACAUAUAUGCAAGGAGUUAAAACCAAAAACAAUCAAAAACCAGUCCCAGUACCGCAACCAAAUCUUUUAACAAUCUGGGUGGCUAAAUCUGUUCCAGCUUGGCAAAACUGCAUUCUUACUACUUUGAAAACUUUAUACGAGAAAAAUGGUUCUUUGCCUGAUAAUAAACAACUAGCUGUCGAGUUUGGUAAGAAAGAGGAGCUGAAGAAGUUCAUGAAAAAAGUGAUGCCGUUUGUACAAGCCACGAGAGAAAAAUUCCAACAAUUGGGCACGAAAGCGUUUGCAGUUACUUUAGAGUUUGAUGAAGCUGAACUACUUCUUAACAAUAGCAAAUAUUUAGCGAAAUCUCUUGGUGUCGAGUUUGUGAAAGUAAAAUUCACUGAUGGUCCAGACGCUAAUGAGAAAAUGAAGGACUGUUGUCCAGGCUCACCGUUCGUUAUAUUUUCAAAUAUUGAAGGUGUUGAAAUCGACUUCGUCAAUCCGGAGCCUCAUAAUGGCCUGUUUUCACAGAAACUGACGAUUUUGGAGGGCGACGAUUACAACAAAAUAAAACAACGUUUGGUGAAAGAAAUUUCAGCCAUCAAAAGUUCUCAAAAGGUUGAGUUGUGGAGAUAUGAAGAUCCUAUUUUGGGGCCUUCUAAGAUUCCUGUUUUCAACGAACCGACAAAAAAUAAAGUUUUAAUUCCGGAAGACGCAUCGUUCGUCGUCGAUGUUGAAAAGAAAAUUGUAACUCUGGUUGUUGGCAAAGACAAGUUUGACUUGGGUAAAUCAGUAACCUACUUGGUAAAAAAUGAAACGGAAACAGUAUAAUAAAUAAUUAAUUUAUUUGUAUUUAUUUUACUUGAAUGAUUACCGUUAGUAUUUUAUAAUCAUUUUAUAAACGGUCUUAAAAUAAAACACAACAAGCGUUUUAUUCCAAA